AUGCUCGGUGUCGCUUGGGACAACCUCACCGUCACAGGCGUUGGCGGUGACGCAAUGUUCAACGAGAACGUUCUCUCCCAGCUUUUCCCCUUCCAUAGGCGUGGCAAGGGUAGCAAAACCAGGACUAUCAUUGGAAGUUCAUUUGGAUGCGUUAAGCCAGGCGAGAUGUUGCUCGUUUUGGGUCGACUUGGAGCGGGCUGCACUACGCUGCUGAACGUAAUCGCAAACCAUCGCCUCGGCUACGAAGAAGUCACCGGCCAGGUCAGCUAUGGAAACAUGUCUGCCGUGGAAGCCAGACAAUACCGUGGCCAGAUUGUUAUGAACACGGAGGAGAAGAUCUUCUUUCCGACGCUGUCUGUUGACGACACAAUCAAUUUUGCCGCUCGCAUGAAAGUCCCGUAUCAACUACCGCCUGGGAUUACAACUCAUGAGGAAUACGUUCAGCUCUACGAGGAUUUUCUCUUGCGGUCGGUUGCAAUUUCUCAUACCGCACGUACUAAGGUUGGGGAUGCCUUUAUUAGGGGUGUCUGUGGAGGAGAGAGGAGACGUGUCUCAAUUCUGGAGUGUCUCACGACGCGUGCUAGCGUCUUUUGUUGGGACAAUUCAACAAGAGGCCUUGACGCCAGCACAGCGCUCGAGUGGAUCAAGGCUAUCAGGGUGAUGACAGACCUCCUCGGACUCAGUACUAUUGUCACCCUCUACCAGGCGGGAAAUGGCAUCUACGAACAUUUCGAUAAGGUUCUACUUCUUGAUGACGGCAAGCAAAUCUUCUACGGACCUCAAAAGAACGCAGUUCCGUUUAUGGAGGGCUUGGGCUUCAUGCGCGAUUCGGGUUCCAAUCGGGGUGAUUUCCUAACGGGCGUGACAGUCCCUACUGAGCGUGUCAUUUCCCCGGGAUAUGAGGACAAGUUCCCACGCACAGCCGACGAGAUCCGUGCUGCGUAUGAGCAGUCCCAUAUCAAGCCCAGAAUGCUGGAAGAGGCCCAUAACUACGCGACAACCAAAGAAGCGGCUGACAACACAACCGUAUUCAAAGAAAUGGUUGCUCGUGAAAAGCACAGGGGUGUGUCAAAAAGGUCCUCCGUCACAACUGGUUUCGUCACUCAAGUAACUGCUGCCAUUACCAGGCAGUACCAACUCAUGUGGGGUGACAAGGGAACUCUACUUAUGAAGCAAGGCGCUACCGUUAUCCGGGCCCUCUUGGGUGGUUCUCUCUUUUACUCAGCUCCUGACAAUUUUAUCGGUUUUUCCCUAAAGGGUGGUGCCCUGUUUUCCUCUAUUUUAUACAAUGCUCUGAUAGUCCUAUCAGAGGUUACCGACUCGUUCACGGGUCGGCCAAUUCUCGCAAAACACCGCUCCUUCGCACUGUAUCACCCGGCGGCCAUUUGCAUCGCCCAGGUUGCUGCCGACCUACCGAUCCUAUUAUUCCAAGUUACGCAUUUCGGCCUUGUCCUAUAUUUCAUGGUUGGCCUGAAGAACACAGCCGGGGCGUUCUUUACUUAUUUGGUCACCAACUUCAUGACUGCCAUGUCCGUGACAGCCUUCUUUCGGCUCGUUGGCGCCGCAUUCCCUACUUUCGACGCUGCGUCCAAAGUCUCAGGACUGUCGAUCGUCGCGUUGUUUGUCUACAUGGGAUACAUGAUUAUCAAGCCUGAGAUGCAUCCAUGGUUUGUGUGGAUCUUCUGGAUUAACCCUAUGGCGUACGGAUUCGAAGCUCUUCUUGGAAACGAAUUCUAUGGCCAGUGGGCCCUCUUCGUUGUGCUCACGAUCAUUUUCACCUCCAGGUGGAGGCUACUUGGAGAAGGAGAUCGGAAAAUCCUGAUUCCUCGAGAACUGCAGCAUGGGCCAAAACACCUUUUGCAGGCCCGAGACGAGGAAGCGCAGUCCACAGAGAAGCGUGUCAGUCCCAGCUCUGAUGCCUCAGGAGAGAGCUUCGGAGAUAAUCUGCUCCGCAAGAAGAGAAUUUUCACAUGGAAGUGCCUGACUUACACCGUCCAAACGGCCGAUGGCGACCGUAUCCUUCUUGACAAUGUUCAAGGAUAUGUCAAACCCGGUAUGCUUGGAGCUCUAAUGGGCUCGUCUGGAGCUGGCAAGACGACCUUACUGGACGUUCUCGCACAACGUAAAACCUCGGGGUCGAUCCAUGGAUCCGUCUUAGACAUUCACGAGCCAUAUGCGACUGUCCGGAAGGCCCUCGAGGUUUCGGCGCGAUUGCGCCAACCUCGGGGUACACCCACCGAAGAAAAGCUGCGAUAUGUGGAUACUAUUGUUGAUCUUCUUGAGCUGAAUGACCUUCAGCAUACCCUCAUUGGUCGGCCUGGAGCUGGCCUCUCGGUGGAGCAACGUAAGCGUCAUACUAUCGGUGUUGAACUCGUGGCAAAGCCGAGUAUUUUAAUCUUCCUCGAUGAGCCCACGUCAGGGCUUGAUGGUCAGGCGGCCUACAAUACUGUUCGAUUUCUUCGCAAGCUUGCCGAAGCAGGGCAGGCGAUCCUUGUCACUAUCCACCAACCAUCGGCGCAGUUAUUUGCGCAAUUCGACAAACUCUUAUUGUUGGCUGCCGGCAGCAAGACUGUGUACUUUGGGGAUAUAGGCCAGAAUGCGAACACCGUCAAGGAAUACUUUGGACACCACGGCGCGCCUUGCCCGCCUGAAGCCAAUCCUGCUGAACAUAUUAUUGAUGUUGUGUCGGCAAGCGCGAGUGUUGACUGGACCCGGGUCUGGCUGGAGUCCCCGGAACAUGAGGAACUGUCCAACGAACUGGACUGCAUGGUUGCUGAUGCUGGAGGUCGACCUACUACUGCAAACGAUGAUCCACACGAAUUCACCGCUUCGCUCUGGACGCAAACCAAGCUCGUGACGCACCGCAUGAAUGUCUCCCUCUUCCGGAACACCGAGUACCUCAACAAUAAAUUUGCCAUGCAUAUCAGCCUAGCGCUGCUAAAUGGCUUUACCUUCUGGCAGAUUGGAGAUGCACUUGCCGAUCUACAGCAGAACCUUUUUACUGUGUUCAACUUCAUCCUGUUGCUCCAGAUGUACCACUGGGCUCCCUUCGUGACUGGUCUUAUAGUCUCGGAAUUCCCUUACUUGCUUGUCUGUGCGCUGCUGUAUUACGUUUGCUGGUACUUUACCAGCGGCCUUCCCACCUCCGCUAGCCAUGCUGGAAGCGUCUUUUUCGCUGCAAUAAUGUACGAGUGUCUGUACACGGGCAUAGGCCAGAUGAUCGCCGCUUACACACCGAACGCCGUCUUUGCCUCUCUGGUCAACCCUCUGGUGAUUACCACUCUCGUCUCCUUCUGCGGAGUGAUGGUACCAUAUAGCCAAAUCGUAUCAUUUUGGCGAUACUGGAUGUACUACCUCGACCCCUUCAACUACCUCAUGAGCUCUCUGCUGGUGUUCACUACUUGGGACAAGCCCGUGCACUGCCAGCCCGAGGAGUUAGCAGUGUUCGAUCCGGCUCCUAAUUUGACCUGCGGUGAAUACCUCGAUGUCUAUCAGCGCGGCGCAGGGAUAGCCACGAACCUUCUGAACCCUGAUGACACCUUCGGAUGCCAAGUCUGCCAGUAUACUGAAGGCGGAGAUUACCUCCGUACACUGAACCUGCAGGAACAAUACUACGGAUGGAGAAAUGCGGGGAUUGUCGUUGUAUUUGUGGUCGGUAUCUACGGGCUCGUGUUCCUUAUGAUGAAACUCAGGACCAAGGCUACCAAAAAGGCUGAGUCCUAA